GCUAUGUAAGGUCACCUGAACUCAUAAUUGUUCCGCAGGGUUUGCUUUUCGUUGUCUCCAUAUUCGUUGCCGCUUCGGCUUCCCGUGUUGCGACUUGCGGGGUGAAGUUUUGAAAGAGUGGAAGCUGCUUCGCCCUCUUCGACAACGUCGUUCCUGUUGGAUCGGAAGUCACGACGGGAGCUCGCCACGCACGAAGUUGGGCUAAUCAUGAUAGAGGGAGAGAAGAGAACAAGCCUGGAAGGGUUGGGAUUAGCACUUCCACAUAAGAUCCAUGUUGCCUCGAGUGAUUCCCAGCUCAAGGAGAUCUUACUAAACAUUAAAACCUCCAGGACACCUGCUGUUAUAAACUAUGGGGCUUCAUGGUGCCGAGUUUGUAGCCAGAUCCUUCCUACUUUCUGCCACUUAAGCAGUAAGUUCAAGAAGCUCUCUUUCAUCUACGCUGACAUUGAUGAAUGCCCUGAGACCACUCAGAACAUACGCUACACACCCACCUUUCAUUUCUAUAGAGAUGGAGAGAGGGUUGAUGAGAUGUUUGGAACCGGAGAGGAGAGGCUGCGCGAUAGGCUGUGGCUUCAUUCAUGAAAAUUGUUCACUCACUGCAUCCCAACCACAUGCUGUUUUCUUCAGCAGAGAAACCUUCUAAGCAUCCUAAGGUAGUAUUCAAUUUGUAUUUCAAAUAUUUACAUUUUUGAAGCUGUGGUGCACUUCCCUCU